GAGGUGUCCGAGUCCGCAGUCUGGCCACGCUACACAUCGCAUGUGUUCGAAGAGCUGGGAAAAGUCUACCGGUACGGCGGUAGUCGCUGCCAAAUCGCCGAAGCAAGAGGCAAACGCAUACAUAGCAGCGCGGUUCGAAGGUGCCACUUGCUCUUCAUUCAUACCAAGUCCAAAAGCGAGAAGGGUGAACUCAUGAAAAUAUCACCUAUGGGGCUAUGAAACCUGGCGCGAUGGCUGGCUUGGGACCAGUUUCUCUGUUGCUGGACCGUGUGCUACUUUACUCUCUUCUCCUCGUGUCCGCUACUGAGGGGAAGCAGCUUGUUCAAGGUCAUAACCGCUUUGCCACGCUCGACAUCACCUCUGCCAACGUCCCGUCGGGUCGGAAAUGGACAAGUACCGCAGUGUUAUCGCUGGGCAGAGGCCGGUCUUCUCCAGCUGCCGCUGCUUCAACGGGACCUGCUUCUGGCAGCGGCCGCUUGCCGUCGCUAUCGUCCAGCACCGGCACAUCACCUCACGUCCUGCUCUUUGGAGGGACGGCACAGCAUACGGAGGGAGGGACGUGGCUCUAUGACGUUCUGGGUAAUAGCUGGUGGAAGUGGCCGGCUAUGGCUGACUGGGCUGCAAAUUUGCUGUCGCCAGCACCCCGUUACGGGCACACGGGCACAUCUAGUAGCCUGCCGGCGGACUCCUCGGCUCAACUGAUGGUGAUGUUUGCAGGACGGAAUGUGGUCGGCUACAAUGACCUCUGGCUGUUCCUGGCCAAUCGCCUUGAGUGGAUGCCACUGUUGCCAUGGGAAGACCACUGGCCAAUGACGCGAUGGCUCCAUACCAGUGUAUUCAUAGGCACUCAGUCUAGAGCAGCAGGUAACACCGUCCAUCGCUUUCUAGUGUUCGGCGGCAAUACGGACGGCAACACAAAACAGCAGCUGCAGGCGGAGGAAGAACAGAUUAUUGGCAUUACAGCGCUCAAUGAUCUCUGGCUUUUGGAAAUAACGGCGUGGGCCGACGACGCUAACUACACGGCGACAUGGAAGCAAGUAGAACAAGACAACAGUACUGGGAAGGUCUGGCCUGGUGCACGCGCCUCACAUGUUGCAGUAUGGGCGAAUAAUCGCCAGAGUAUGAUUGUGAUUGGUGGCGAGGGCAACGGCUUCUACUACAGUGAUAUCUGGGAGUAUACGUACACAGUAGCACUGUCCGGUGCGUGGAAGAAACUGGUGCCUGACUUCCCGGGCCAGCAGGCUGGUCAGCCAUAUUACCAGCAGACAGCUACGUACUGGGAAGCAGCCAGCUGUGUUGUGCUGUUUGGCGGUGUUGAUAUGGCAAUGACGCGCGCACUCUGGAUAUACUGUUUCAACAGUGGCCGUGACGGCAUCUGGUCCCUGCUCGACACACAACCAUCUCUGACCAUUCCGCCAUCGAUGAGUGGCAUGGACAGUGUUCUCAUUGGCCAGCGCAUGUACUUGUUUGCAGGCUAUCAGGAUAAUGACAAGGAGAUAUCGCUCAGCCAGCCCUGGUCGCUCUACCUGGAUCAGACAGCGGCGGAAGGCGUUUGGUUCCAGCUUGCUCCACCGCAAAUCAAGCCGAACAGUCGGCGAUCACACACAGCUGUGUCCACUAGCAACUCCACAAUGGUGGUGUACGGCGGUGCAACAACUGACAUUGAAUGGCCGCGCUUCUCGCUGGAGUCGAAUAACGUCUGGGUGCUGAACAUCACCGCCGGGUACUGGACAAAGUACUCGCAGAACAAUGGUACAGUCGGCGUGGAUGUGCCGAUUCACAGGGCAGCACACAGCGCCGUACAGCACGGAUCCUACAUGUAUGUGUUUGCUGGCGUGACCAUGCUGGAGCACGAGGUCGAGCUGCUGGACGACAUGUGGCAAUGGUCACUCAUCACGCACACUUGGCAACGGUUUGAACCAGCCACCGUCCUGCGCCCCACCGCCCGACGCAGUCACACGGCCAUAGCCACAUCGGAAGGCAUGCUGGUCUUUGGCGGGAUAUCAAACAUCACCGGAGAAGCAUUGCAAGAUUUGUGGGAGUUCUCCUUUGAAUCGUCCAGCUGGACUCCGCUAGCUAACAGCUCCGACCUGUGGCCAUCACGCAGGUUUGGUCACACGGCCGUGCCAGUGGCUGACAAUAUGGUUGUCUUUGGUGGGGUUAACCUCGGCCAGCGUGUAGCGGAUCCCAGUGUUUGGCGUUACUUGACGGCAAAUGCAACGUGGGAGAGACUAAGCGACACUGUUCCCACUGGGCUCAGCACACCUUACUUUCACUCAGCGUCAAGCUAUGGUAACAAGAUGAUCAUCACUGGCGGCUGCAACAUCAAUAGGGCCAUCUGGGAACCGAAAGAGCUGACACUGGAUCGCCUGAGCUGCCUGCCGCAGUACCAGCUUGACUUCCCCACGUCGGUAUGGAUGUUUGACACACUGACUGCUAGCUGGGAGCAGUUAUCGGUGGAGGACGCCGUCGGUUUCCGCAUAAUGCACACGACGGUGAUGUUGGGCAAUGUUCUAACACUGUACGGCGGCUAUAACAAUGACCAGCUGCACCCGCCCAAGCGAGAACUGAUCGCCAUGCGCCCCGGCUGCAACGUGGGCCAUUUCUCCUGGUCGCUAUACCGUCAGUCCUGCUCGCCCUGUCCGCAGGGGACAUACAGUGCAACGUCGGGCGUCAGGCGCUGCACGGAGUGCCCGACGCUGACCACCACCGUCGCUGGCUCUCUGGCUACCAACCUGCUCAACUGCACGGAGUGCAAGGCACCGGCGUGCCACGGCCACGGCACGUGUAGCGCGUCGCUGCCCGAGGGACAGGUGGUGUGCAAGUGCGUGUUUGGCUACAUCAGCUCCGACAUGUGCCAGAACCCAGUGUACUACUACCUGAUCUUCUUCGCCCUGUUCGGUCUGAUUGUGAUCGUGGCCGGCAUUCUGUUCAUGGUGCGUGUCAGACGCAUGCUGAGACUUCAGCAGCUCCGCGCCAAGAAACUGCGCACAUCCCGCUGCGAGUUGGCACGCCUGACCCAGGCAUGGUACAUUGAGGAGAGCGAGCUAGCCGUGCGGGAGCGCAUCGACGCCGAGUCUCCCGGCAGCUUUGGAACAGUUGUGCUGGCCGAGUAUCGAGAAAUGCCCGUGGCUGUCAAGCACCUACACAAACACGUCAGUAGUCCCCGCAAUGAGCGGGAAUUUGAGGAAGAGGUUCGGUUCAUGAGAAGACUGCGUCAUCCUAACAUUGUUCUGUUCCUGGGUGGAGGCAAGUUCUCCAAGACGUCGACGAUCGGUCCAGGCGGUGUGUCCUUCCUAGUCAUGGAGUACAUGCAGCGCGGCACGCUGGCAUCCCUGCUGCGCAAUGACACGGUGCACAUCGACACCUGCCAGAGCCUGCGCUUUGCACUGGACGCGGCCAAGGGCAUGCGCUUCCUGCACAGCCGCAACCCGCCGUGCAUCCACCGCGACCUCAAGAGCUCCAACCUUCUGGUCAGUGAACGCUGGGUUGUCAAGGUGGCUGACUUUGGUGAAGCCUGCCCUCUGUUCAAGCUGCACCGAAAAGGAAAGGCACAGAAACCCAGUGCAAACAAGAGGGCACAAUCGCCUGUAGGCAACGGUGACUCUGGCUUGCACACACGCCUACUGUAUGGCUCGUCCCUUAACUCUGGUCUGGAUGUGUCAGUUGAAAUACAGGCUAGCAUGGGAGAAGAUGAACGCUCGGCACUACUACGAGAAGGCAGCUGCGAACUGUCGUCUGACGUAGGAACGCUGAUGUGGCAAGCGCCCGAGAUGCUCCGAAAGCAGCCGUAUGGACCCAGUGCUGAUGUUUAUAGCUUCGCUAUUGUUCUGUGGGAGAUAGCAGCACGCAAGGUGCCGUACAGAGACAUGCCGUCGCUGACGUCCAUCAUGAAGUAUGUGCUGGCUGGCAAUCGGCCGGCCAUUCCGUCCGACUGCCCCUCGCCCUUUGCCGAGCUGAUGGUGAAAUGCUGGCACGACGACGGAAAGGAACGGCCCACGUUCCACGACAUCGUAGCCAAUCUCGAUAGUCAGCUGGAAUCGUGGAGUCCUUAGCAGUUAGCAGUGCUUUUCAGUCAUUGUUGAUGCCCGCGAGGCAACGAUAUUUAGGAAUGAUUUCUAUUUUGAGCAAAUAAGAUUGCAAACCACCCCGAAAAGUGUUUUUAUUGAAUUUUUCCAUGUUUUUCAUAGUCAAUAAUUGUUAUUGCCUGCGAGGUAUAUAUCUUAGGCAUGGUUUCUAUUUUGAGCUAAUAACAGACCAACCCGAAAAGUAUUUUUAUCGAAUUUUUCAUUCUUUAAAUGUCUUGAAUAAUGAGCAGAUGGCAAAUAAUUGCUUCCCCUAACAAAAAGCCUGCCUGAAACCCUAUGCUCAA